AGGAACUCGCGGAACUGCCACCUUUUUCCACCCCUACCGGAUCACGAAGGCGAGAGAAAUCAUGCCUCCAAAAGCCAAAGCACCAGAGGUGAAGCCCAAGUCGAAAAAGGCGCUCGCGUUGGAAGAAGCGAUUAAUCAGGCGAACAAUGACGCACAGCAAAUCUACCGGCAGCAUGAGCUGCUACGCGCAAAGGCCGACCAAAUAGAGAAGAGUCAUCGCGAGAAUCUUUAUUUGGACGAGACGGUUGCGAAGGCCCGUCUGAAGGAAGAGCGACAGCAUUACCGCAAGCUUCUCGCGGAGCUGACCGCCGAGGAGCAGCUGGACUACGCGACCUAUGCGAAGCACAGCGAGUGGGAAAACAUUUCCGCUGCUUCGCGGCUGCCGGACGUGCGCAAUCCGGCGGAUAUCAAUUCCUUUCUCACAAUUUGGCGAAACCGCCAGUCUGCCAGCGACGUCUUCGUGCCUGAGACGACAAUUGUUUCCGCCGGAGUGCCGGACGAGACGGGCAAGAAGAAGCUGACGUUUAUCCGCGGCGAGCAGCGCCUGCCACCGUCGAAGCGACAGGAAGCGGUGCAAGAAGAGCUACUCCAGUGCUACGAUGCCUACGAGCUGGCCGAGAAGAUCAAGGAGGCGCGUGACCUGGCGGUGGACUCGGUAGCAGGAGGCGCCACAGGAGCCGCCGCAGUGACUGCGUCUGCCAGCCUCUCCCGUAAAGCACGCUGCAAGCCCGAUGACACCUUGAAAGACGUCUACGCCCAGCUGUGCUCUACCUUUGACUUUGUCGCGACAAACGUGCUUCACUUUUACGACGAGGUGAUUGACAGCCCGGACGGGGAGACGCUAAUGCGUACCGUGACGUCCGCCAAUCCUGUCAUAAAGUUCGGUAUGUGGGUGAAGACAAAGGACGUGACGCGCAGCUUUACCUCGUUGGCCUUCCCCGAAAUUGAGGUACGGCUGGACCCGAAGCAGGUCACGCUGCCGAAGCUCCCUAAAGCGCUGGGUUUGAGCCGCGAGAACAUCGCAGUUCGGGCUGUCCAGCUGGCCUUCGACCCCUUCUCUUGCUACGUAAACGAGCGAGCGCAGUACUACGCACUGGACUGCACCAUCAAGAUAGACCUCUUAACCUUCGAGGAGCGGCCGCGGCGCAACGGGGAGUGGCUGCUGCGUGGGGAGACGAUCGAGUCACACCAGCUGCACGUGGAGGAGUACCCGCCGCGAACUGCCGAGGCGCGCGCUGAGGAUCCGGCGCUGCGCAUCUCCUUUGAGGUGCCACACACGAUCGUCGUCCGCCAGCCAAGUCUUUUCAUCGGGAAGUGGAACGAGGAGACGCACGAGUGGGAGCCGUGCAGUCGCGCGAUGCUCGGCGCGUCCUUCGGCAACACCGCCCACGUCGCCGAGAACCCGCGGCGGGCGACCUUUGUGACGGCUGAGUUCGCGCAGUUCGCCGUGCUGCAAGAGACGGUCGCUGACAUCCUGUACGAGAACUGGAGUCUGAAGCCGUUCGACAGCAACCGCAUCCUCAUUUCAUUAGAGGGUCGUCACCGCGGCGACGCCACCGAUCGCGAGUUCCGCUUUAUGCUGGAGGACGCAAGGUGCCGUCUGCUGUCUCCGAGCGACGAGGCGCUGUCCGCGCUGCGGCAAGACUGGUGGAGUCCGGCUGUGCUGCUGCGCAAGCUGAAGCAGGCGGGCUUCAACUUUCUGGUGCGCGACGAGGAGGCGGUCUUUCUCGAGAACGUGGUGCCCAAGUCGCGCGCACUGGAGGAGAAGGCGUACGCGGAUAUAGCGCAGUUCUGCCAGUACUUUACGAUUGCGAACACGCAUCACAACAAGCAUGGCGAGGACCCCGACAUGGCACUCUUCCGUGUGUCGAAGACGUGGCUGCGACCGGAGGAGGAAGACGAAAGUUUUGACAUUCCGACCGCGGUGGAUGUGUGGCGCUCCGUACGCUAUCGCAAGGACGACUGCGCUCUUGCGCUCUUCACAGAAGCUGAUGAGACGACAAACCUGAACUUGAUCAGCGGGACGGAGACGCACCACAACCUGUACUCGCUGCUCGCUUCAGUAGAAGGAGAGGAGGAGAUACACGGGCAGCUGUUCAACACAAAUUACCUGCUGCGUCGAUGCGUGACGCAGUUCCUGCAUCUCGUCCGCCCGCUCAGCUGGGGCUGA